AUGAGCUUAUUCUCUGACAUGAUAGAAGAGAAAAUGAAGGUAUUUAUGGAUGAUUUUUCUGUAUUUGGUGAAUCAUUUGAUAGUUGCUCACUGAACUUAGAGAUGGUGUUGAAAAGAUGUGAAGAGACAUACCUCAGACUUAAUUGGGAAAAAUGUCACUUCAUGGUCACUAAGGGAAUUGUCUUAUGUCAUAAGGUGUCGAAAAAGGGCUUAGAAGUAGAUAAAGCAAAGACCUCUGUUAUUGAGCAACUUCCCCCUCCAUCAAAUGUGAAGGCUGUGAGAAGUUUCUUAGGCCAUGCUAGCUUUUAUCAUCGAUUUAUCAAGGAUUUCUCUAAGAUUACCAAGCCACUCUGUCAGCUACUUGAGAAAGAUACACCCUUCAACUUUGAUCAAGAUUGUUCGAAAUCUUUUAAAGAGCUUAAGAGACAAUUGAUAUCUACUCCAAUCAUUAUUGCUCCUGAUUUGUUAUUGCCAUUUGAGGUGAUGUGUGAUGCAAGCGACUAUGCAGUUGGAGCUGUUCUUGAGCAAAGGAAGGAAAAUGUAUUUCAUCCAAUUUACUAUGCUAGGCCUUUUAGGGUGAUUUCUGUGGCACCAAGUGGAGCUGUGGAGGUCAAAGAUGAAAGAACAGGUGAUUGCUUCAAGGUGAAUGGGCAAAGACUCAAACAUUAUCAUGGUGAAGUAGAUCGACCAAAGAUGGUCUACUACUUAUUUACGCCUUCCUAA